AUGUAAGGUCUUACAUUGACAUCAACAUACACCAUGCCAGGGUCGCUGGUAACCCGUGGCUGGUGACCUGUGGCCUGUGAGUUGUGACCGAAGAUGCAGAACUUCACCGGCGGCUCGGCGGCCGUGCCGGUCACCCAGGUGGAACUGACCCUGUCAUGUCGACACCUGGCGGACAUGGACGUGUUCUCCAAGUCGGACCCGAUGGUGGUCGUCUCGGUGGCACCGUUCGGCUCGUCAGCACGCGACAGACGCUGGGACGAGUACAAGCGCACCGAGGUGGUGCAGGAUAACCUGAACCCCGACUUUGCCACCAAGGUGCCCAUCGCCUACCGGUUCGAGGAGCAGCAGUUUCUGCGGUUCGACGUGUACGACGUGGACUCGUCGUCUGCCCGGCUGGAGGAGCACGACUUCCUGGGCCGGCGCGAGUGCACGCUCGGCGAGCUGGUGUCGGCGCGCGUCUCCGAGCUGCGGCUGCAGGGCGGCCCGCCCAGCGGCGCGCAGCCGGCCACGCUGAUCGUGCACGCCGAGGAGAUGCUGGGCUCCAAGGAGGAGGCGGUGCUGCAGUUCUGCGGCAGGAAGCUGGACAAAAAGGACUGGCUGUGGGGCAAGUCGGACCCGUACCUGGAGCUGUUCAGGUCGACCGAGGAGGGUCAGUGGGUGCUCGUCUCGCGCACGGAGGUGCUCAAACGGACGCUGAACCCCGACUGGCGGCCGGUGACCGUGUCGGUGGGCUCGCUGUGUAACGGCGACUACCAGCGCAACAUCCGUGCCCUCUGCUGGGACUGGAACGCCAGCGGCACGCCCGACCUCAUCGGCGAGUGCUUCUUCACGCUGCAGCAGCUGCGCGACGCCACCAAACCGGCCGCCUUCGACUGCAUCAACAAGGAGAAACAGGCGCGGAAGGGCUCCUCGUACCGAAACUCCGGCCAGAUCAUCCUGCAGAGCUGCCAGAUCCGCGUGCAGCACACGUUCCUGGACUACAUCCAGGGCGGCACCGAGCUGGCCUGCACCAUCGCCAUCGACUUCACAGCGUCCAACGGUAACCCCAUGCAGCCGGACUCGCUGCACUACCUGGGCCGGGACGCCGCCGGGCGUAUCAGUAACCCGUACGUGACGGCGCUACGGGCGGUCGGUAACAUCAUCCAGGACUACGACAGCGACAAACAGUUCCCCGUGCUCGGCUUCGGCGCGCGCGUGCCGCCGGCCGGCAUCGUCAGCCACGAGUUCUUCGUCAACAUCGGAGCCGAGACGCCGUUCUGCUACGGAAUCGAAGGGGUGGUGGCCGCCUACGAGCGCUGCCUGCCCCAGAUCCAGCUGUACGGACCGACCAACUUCGCCCCGGUGAUCCAGCACGUGGCAAACUUUGCCAGCCGGUACCGCGACGGCAGCCAGUACUUCAUCCUGCUCAUCAUCACCGACGGUGUCAUCACCGACAUGCCGCAGACCAAACAGGAUGCGUCUUACGCUGGUUUUAGCAAGUCCGAGCUGUUGAGAGCGUCGACGGAGCGACUUCUUGGGACUGGCAAUGACGGAAUUUCGCACGGCCGCGAUGGUCUCUGGGGACUUUGAAACCGAUGCUGGCCUGCCGCUGCUGCCCCUGCGAUUGUGAGCGCCUCCAGCCUGCCGCUGUCCAUCAUUAUCGUGGGCGUGGGCGGCGCCGAGUUCGACGCCAUGGAGGAGCUGGACGGUGACGAGGUGCGUCUGACGGCCGGCGGCCGCGCCGCGCAGCGCGACAUCGUGCAGUUCGUGCCGCUGCGCCGGCUGUCGGGCGGCGACCCGGCCGCCGUCAGGACCCGGCUGGCGCGCGAGGUGCUGGCAGAGGUGCCGGCACAGUUCCUCGGCUACAUGCGCAGCGCCGGCAUCCAGCCGCAGCCGCCGCGCGCCGCGCCCGUUCCCCUGCCGCCCGACCCGCAGCUGGUCUGAGGCCGAUCGAACGGAGACCUGACCUGACGUGGAUAUUAUGGGCGCUCCCCGACCUCUGGGUGACUGGCAUCCCGUGUGUCCAAUGUGUCCGGUGUGUCCUGUCUGGUGUGCCCCCGGCUCCCCUUGUACCCACCCCACCCCACCCCGGGGGUCCUCGCCAGACUAGGGGCGGCGCUCGCCCGCUGGGCUGGGCCCUGUUUCACCGGUGAUAGCAGCAAGCUGCUAUCACGUUUCGCGAGCUGACGUCAUGUCGUGACGCCAUACUGUUGUCGUAAUGGGUAGUUCCGGCGCACGAUUGCCGCGACCUUGGCGGCGGCAUUAAGUGACGUAUGAGCCUAAAAGUAAGAGUUUACGCAGUCAUGAUAGUAUAUAUAUUUUUGAUAUAUAAUUUUUCAAUAUGAUGUAUUUAAAAGAAGUUGGGUUUAGGAAAAAUUUGGACAUUAACUUCGAACAUUUAGCUGAUGACGUAAAACAAUAUUGCGGCAAUCGUGCGCCAGAAUUGCCCCUUACGUCAGCAGUAUGACGUCAUCACAUUACGUCAGCUCGCGCAAUUUGAUAGCAGCGUGCUGCUAUCACCGGUGAAACAGGGCCCUGGACUCCUGUGUGCGUGUCUGUGUGCGUGUGGGCGGGGACGCUGUCAAGUCGGGACUGCCGGCGGUCAGUUUAAGUCCCCGACCUGUCAGAUGUGCAUUUGGGUUUCCGUGGAUGAUGUACUUAGUAAUAUCGAAAUGUGAUGCAGCCAAGGGAUAUUGUUGAAGAGGCCAUAUAGCUGUUGUCCUGUGUGCUUAAUCAGACGAUUUUAUUUACUUGUUUUAUUUUUGUCGUGGAUGAAUGCUGACUGUGGUCCGAUUUGAAUGGGUUGUUGUUACGAUAUUUGUUUAAAUGUCAGCCUUUAUUAAUCUGGGACGUACCGAUACUGCUCGCCACUGUCGCUCAAUUUGCAGCCGUUUCGCACAGCUCGCGCUGCCGUUUAUAAUUCGAGGGUCCAACACGCGUCUGCUGCGCACAGAUGUGACGCGCCUUAAUCACUUCAGUAGCUGCCCCGCUGCCCGUGCUCCGUGCUCCGCAGGUGACCUGUGAGGUCAGAUAGAGCCCGCUAGCGGUGUGCCAUCUACCGUUUGUAGCCAAGUAGCUUGAUGAAGGGCCUAGACCCGUCAGCGGGACCCCGUGACCAUACUCUCAGACUCACCCCAGGGCAGUGGUGUCUUCAUGUGGCGUGCCUCAGAUGGGGCGGGCUCUCGGGGCACGCCGCCGCCGCUAAGGUCACUCACACACCCUCGGCUAACGCCACAAACUCAAAUACGCACCGAGCCCGCGCCCGAUGUUGCUGUGCCAACCGUAGCCCUAAGUGAGAAACCUUGCUGGUUUUUGCAACGGCUGAGCUUCGUUGUGAGGUUAAAUUUAGGUGUUGGUCGACUGGACAUAUUCCUACCAGUGGCACACGUCUCUUUAUUGAGGCUGGCUACGCAAAAUCACCCUGUGUUACAUAGGGUUGAGGUCGGAGUCAUUUCAUCUGAUGAAUUCCUUUUUGUGGAGCAUGAAAAUAGUCCAACUUCUAUCAAACUUGUCGGAUAAACUAGAAUUAUAUAUAGAAUAAAUUCGUAGUUGGUGAUUUCAGUAGAACCGUUUUUCCACAGCUCUGUGACUGGGCUUCUGUGCGUUUCCACGAGUUUCCAUCUAUAGCAUAAUUGCUGCGUCGUUCAAAUGUAUCCCGUUGCCGUCAUACAAGGGCGGUGGGUGACCCCGCGGGAUCUCCCUCACCUAAUUGGGAAGGGUAUGACGCAGCGCAGCUCCGUACCGGUACUAGCCGUAUUUAAUGGAGUACACCUGCUGCUGCUGGGAUGCUGCUGGGGUGAAAGAAUUCUGUUGCCUUGUGGGGUACACACGUCCGUGUCUGUGGGAGUAUAUGUCUGUCUGUUCGUAUCCCCACUUUCCAACACUACCCCGUGGUCAGUACAAGGUUGUGUGUACUUAUAGCAUUGCUUUGGUGUCUCGAUGUGCAAUAGGGUGUGCUUUGAUGGAUUGUUGUCGCUCGCGUGCCGUGUGUGUGAGCCCGCGGGUGUGCGUCCCGACCCAGCCCUCCCGGCCGGCCCGCCAGUCCUCUCGCUCCAGCCGGGCCCCGACGAUGGACGGGUCGCCGCCGCCGGCCGCUGCAGCUGCCCGCGGUGAGCUCUGUUUACGCUUUGGCCGCUGCGGCGUCUGGGUGCUUCCUCAACGCUCUGAAUGUGUGAGCAGAGCUGUGAUUGACCUGUCCGCCAGCCUCAACCCGUUGACGUGCCGCAGCGCAGGCGGAGGCUGUUGUCAUGUCUCGUCAGAACGCUGACUGGUGUGUUAUGUGGGCACUGAGUUAACCGGCUGCUUUCAUGUCUCGCCAUGGAGCGCUGUGAUCUGUUUGGACCGCGGGCUGCAGCUGCCCCUUCUCGGGGCGUUUGGCGGCGCUCUUUCGCACUUGCCUGUCUAGCCACGCGACCAGUUACUCCCUAUUCCUCAUAUUCUUGAUUCACAUGUAUUUUUGCUACUGCUUUACUGCGUCGGCGUGCGCCACCCGCUCGCUGUGUCGCGCAGAUGAAUCGAACUACGUGCGCUUUAACUGCCUGCCUGUCAUUACCGUGCCUAUUACAGUUCACCUCAGGGACUGUGGGGCAUCAAUGGGGUUUCUGUGAAAUACACAUCAACGAAUCA